AUGUCUCACAUUGAGCCUUCAAAGUGGUCCACAUUGACCGAUUACGAUGUUGGCGUGAGCUUCCUACUCCUCAGGUUUGCAGAGGACCAAGGAGAGGUCGGAGAGGUAGUCACGGAGACUCUUCUAGAUCAAGUGAAGGCAGCGAAGGCACCUGCGAAGUCUGCGAAGGCUGGAAGCUUGAAAACACUUGCGGACUUGCAGAAAGAACUGGGAGCAAGUCAGGACAGACUGGCUCUCGAGAUGCUCAUAUCAGGCUUGCAAAAGCUUGACUCUCCGGAUUCUUUGUUUGAACUCUUCCGCAACUUGGAAACCAUCAUAUGCCGGGAACUCGUAUCUGCUUCCGUGAUGCACUCAAGUGGAGCAUUUGGUCAGUUGGCAAGAGGUCUUGUGUUGGCAUUCAAACAAACCAGCUUCGAGGAAAUCAUCAAGUUGUAUGAUGCUGUGCAAGAUUUUGCGCAACAAAGCAAUUGCAUGGGAUGGUGCACAAGUUGCACAGGCUCCACAGUGGAGGUUGAGUCUGCUGGGCAAGCUCUCCCUUUGUCGUUGCCGUCUUUGACUUCCAAAGACAUGGUGGCACUGCGGCCUGCGCAGGAUGCGCAGGUGACAUUUUUGCAGUAUGCGAAUAGUGUGCAAUACAAGUUCGCCGACGCAGCAGCAUUUCUGGUGCGAUGCUUCCACGAUGACCAGAGGAGACUACAAGGAAGAUUGCAGGGACGCCCGCAAAACGGGACGGCCUUGGCCAUUCAUGGGGUUCAUGAGAUUCACGGGAUUCAUGGGAUUCAGCAUGCUGUACUGGGCUUGGCCAACUUGAGCCUGCAGAUGCGAAAUCUGGAGGAUGCUCUCCAGGCCUUGGAGGACAGUAUCCGUGCAGCACAGGAGAACUCCGAUGCCAACUGCCUGUGCGCCAGCAUGUAUUUGCUAAGCUUGAUUCUCUGCAAAAUGCCCAACAUGUCCAAAAUGUCCAGCAUGGCAGCAACACUCCUUCGGCGCUGCCUGUAUCGAUCAGAAGCCUUAGGACUCCCACUGUUGGAGAGCCUCAGUUGCAUGGCUCUGGCAACGAUAUUGGCCGUGCCGAGCUUCUCUCUUUCCAGGAGCCCUUCUUGCGGCGAUUCCGUUUCUGUGGCCUCCAACGGAGCCUCCACCGGAGCCUCCAACGGUGGAGCUUUUGGAGCUCUUCCUCUCGCCUCGCUUUCCUCGCGACCCUCGCCGUCCUCGCCAUCCUCGGCCUCGGCAUCCUGGGCCUGGGCAUUUGUGGGAAAAGUUGGCGCGGUCGGCGCGCGAAGUGGCACUGGCUUGCUCGGGGCUCUCUCGCCUGCGCGAGAGGUGCGAGAGGGGCGAGAGGUUCUGGCACAUGUGACCCUGGCAUCCUUGCUUUCUACGCAGGCCGGAUCCCUCGAGCUACUGCGCCCAAAAGUCCUUCUCUGCCAGGCUGGUGUUUCGCAGGUCUUCGCGCUCAGCUCCUCAGCCAUGUGUUAUCAGAUGGCGCUCGACAUCUACAAGAAUCGCUUGGCUGCAGAUGAUCACGCUUUAGCUUUGUGCCACAUUGCUGAAGAUGCAUCACAGACAGAGGCCUUGCAUUCGUUCCUGGCGCGGGAACUCCUGUGCUCGCGCCACGUUUGGGUGCACGUAGUUGGCCCAAAGCUCGGCCAGCGCCUGCUGCGUCAAGGACAAACGGCAGGGAUUGCAGCAAUACUGUUCCAGACUGUUGGCGCUCUUGGUGCACUCGGUGCCUUCAAUGCCUUCGACUCAGAUGCCAAACUCCGGCCUCAGAAGUUCAACAACGAAUGUCGACAACACUGGGGACAGCUCCUUGCAACGUGCCAGUCAGCUCGCGAGGGUCUGGACAAGGGCAAAGAUGGCAAAGAUGGCAAAGAGGGCCACAAAAAAGAGAAGGAGAGCCUUGGACUUUGUGAGAGUCUGCUGUCUUUAGCAACUUUAGCUCGAGCACUUCAGGGAGCCCCGGUCUUUGCAGUUGCCCCGUGCAUCCGGUGCAUGACAAAGACGCUUCGGCUCCGAUCUUUUCAACCUGAAGCGCUACUCUGCCUUGCGAAGCUCAAGUUGGAGCUUGGUGACGUCUUAGGUGCCCUGCAGCUUGCCGAAGAGACAACAAGCACCAUCACGAGCCACACAGAUGCCACAGGUGCAGGCGCGCUUGCGCCGUCGUCGGUGCUUGCAAAGGCCGCGUGUUUGGAGGCAGAUUGUCUCCUGGAGCUCAGUUCAAGGCAGAUAGACUCGAUAGACUGUCUAGACAAGAGGAGAUCUGACCGUUCUGACCGUUCUGACCACCCGAGCAAUACCCGGAAGUGCCUCGACUCGCUCUUUGAGACGGUCUUGGAACGCCUCGGCGUGGCUUUGACGUGUGUUUCUACGACUUCUUCAAGCGAUUCAAGCGAUUCAGGAGACUCAAGCCAGCAGAGGCGCUGCCACUACCUGAUGGCCCGAACGUGCCAUGAGCUUGGGAAAAAUCUUCAACGAGACAGACAUGCCAGUGAGCUUCGGAGACUCACGGAGUCAAUGCCGAAGAUGGGAGUGACGCUUUAUCCGGCGUUUUGA